UUAUGUGAUAGGGGGAUUUCGGACUGUGUGACCACUUUCUUUAAGAGACUGUUGCACCUCUGGAUUGUGUGCACUUUUCCUCUGGCAUCCCUGGAUCUAUGGAAGAGAUGCAAGCCGAUCUGUGGAGGCAUCUUCUCAUUCUGCUGGUUCAUCCCCUGUUAUUUGGAAGAGACACUCAAGUUCUGGGAGAAGGUCAGGGACUGCAAACCCCAACCCCAGAAUUUAAAGAAACGGUAGUGACCCGUCAAGCUCCAAGGAUUAGAUUUAACCCUACAGUGCCGAAUAUUGUUCUCUCAGAACACAAAGAUGUUAAGAUCAAUUGUACCAUUGUCGUUCCUAAUCUGGACAAUGGGGAGCAAAUAACGUGGUGGAAAGAUGGGAAUUCAAUUCACCAAUCUGAUCGAAUCUCUGUGCAGUCUUUUGAAAUCCAAGACACAGCGGUGACCUCUAUGGUAUCUUCAUACAGCAUUACAGGUGUGCUGCGGUCUGAUAACGGCACAUACAACUGCAAAUUAAGAAUUGAGGAUGAAGAAAUAAUAUCAGAUCCUAUCUACAUUCAAGUGGAAGGACUUCCGCAUUUCCUUCGACAGCCAGAGAAGUUAAAUGUCUCUAGGAACACUCCGUUCAAUCUGACCUGUGAGGCUGUUGGGCCCCCUGAACCUGUGGAGAUUUAUUGGUUCCAUAACAGCAGAAAAAUCAAUGACAUUCCUGAAGUGUCACCAGCAGUCCUCAAUGUGUUGGGUUUGAGUGAGCCAGCAACAUACAGUUGUGAAGCACAUAAUAAGAAAGGGCUGACUGCUUCCAAUAAUGUGAAUAUCAACAUCAAAGAUAUUCCGUCUCCUCUGUCUGAAGUCAAGGCUUUGAAACAAUUAGCAAAUGGCAUCUCUCUUUCCUGGGUCCCUGGUUUCGAUGGGUAUUCUCCCCUCAGUUUCUGCAACAUACAGGUGACUGAACUCAUACAAGGGAACGAUACACCCACUCUGCUAUACAACACGUCUGUACCACCGUAUACACAUCUGAUCAACCAGCUAAAGUCAUUUACAGAAUACAAUAUUAGUGUUUCCUGCAGGAAUGAAGUAGGCUGGUCAUUAUCGAGCCCAUGGAUUGUGGCCAAAACUGCUGAAGGAGCGCCAUCUGUUGCUCCCGAGAACAUCACCGUGGUACUAAAUGGAUCACAUUCAUUACAAGUCAACUGGAGUCAGCCUUCACUCAGUGCUAUGAAUGGAGUUCUUCUGGGUUAUGUGAUAAAGCAUGCAUGGAAAGUCUAUGGAAGUCCAAAUAAAACAUAUCAUGAGACCUCCAAUUCAACUGCAGCCAUUAUUUCCAUUAAAGCUACAAAUGCCACUUGUACCGUGCAUGUAGCUUGCUACACAGCAGGAGGCGUUGGGCCAUACAGUGAAACGGUGCAGCUUGUUAUUCCAGGUGAUGGUACACUAGCAUCUGCAACGUCUUCAACUCCGGCAACAGGAACUGUCAGUUCCUUUAUGAUAUUUUUGGGCUCUGUCUCUAGCUUCAUGAUACUUCUACUAAUUAUUUAUGGUGCAGUAGUGCUUAUUAGGAGGAAAAAGGAAACAGAAUUUGGACAUGCUUUUGUCAGCUCGGAUGAUUCAGACUUUGUAGUGAAUUACACAGCAAAGAGGUCCUACAACAGGAAAGCCAUUGAAGUCACACUAAGUACAUUAGGGAUCAGUCAAGAUCUGCAGCAGAAACUGGAAGAUGUGAUGGUCGAGAGAAGCUUAUUGACUCUAGGAAAGGUGUUGGGUGAGGGUGAGUUUGGAUCAGUGAUGGAGGGUGAGCUGCACUAUCCUGAUGAUACAACUCAAAAAGUAGCUGUCAAAACCAUGAAAUUGGACAACUUUUCACAUAGAGAAAUAGAAGAAUUCCUCAGUGAGGCUGCAUGUAUGAAGGACUUCAAUCACCUUAAUGUUAUUAAUCUGCUGGGAGUUUGCCUAGAAGUGGGUCCUAGAAGAAUUCCCAAACCCAUGGUUAUUCUACCCUUCAUGAAAUAUGGAGACUUGCACAGUUUUCUUCUCUCCUCCAGAAUCGGAUCUGGUCCUCAGCAUGUGGCAUUACAGACUCUGGUGAAGUUUAUGAUUGACAUUGCUACUGGAAUGGAGUACCUCAGCAACAAAAACUUCCUUCAUAGAGACCUGGCAGCCCGCAACUGCAUGUUGAGAGACGAUAUGACUGUUUGUGUCGCUGACUUUGGGCUGUCUAAAAAAAUAUACAGCGGUGAUUAUUAUCGCCAGGGACGUAUUGCUAAGAUGCCAGUGAAGUGGAUUGCUGUGGAAAGUCUUGCUGAUCGCAUCUACACUGUCAAAAGUGAUGUGUGGGCGUUCGGAAUCACAAUGUGGGAAAUAUCAACCAGAGGCAUGACUCCAUACCCCGGGGUCCAGAACCAUGAAAUCUAUGAUUAUUUACUCCAGGGUCAUAGGUUAAAGCAGCCAGCAGACUGCCUAGAUGAGCUGUAUGAACUGAUGUACAUUUGCUGGAGACCAGAACCAGCUAAUAGACCUUCAUUCACAGAAGUGAAGGAAUAUUUACAGAAAUUUAUUCAGGGAUUACCCCCUGCAGUGGACAAAGAAGACGUUAUUUACAUUAACACCAGCUUACCCGAAGACAGCGAAUUCUUUACCCAAGACCCAGAAAUCAGUGAUAUGCAAAUAGAUGUGGAUUCCCAGUAUGUGCAUAUUACUCCUGCAAGACCCGACACCACCACUGUGAUUGUGGAGGUCCAUGGAAGCAAUAUAGAUGAACAGAGAUAUAUCUUGGAAGGGGUGUCUGACGAGCAGGGUCGGGAGCCAGAGCAAGCCAGCGCUCCACUAUUACAUGACAGUUUGUCGCGUUGUAGAGCUCCAUGGUGUGAGAGCGAUACUCUUCUGGAUGGUAACUCACUGACCGAGGAACUUCUCUAUGCAGAUGAUUCUGCAGAAGACUCUGAAAUUGCAGUAUAG